AUGGGUAGCAUAAACAAGCGGUACACUUUGAAAAAGAAGCGGUACACUUUGAAAAAGAAGCGGUACACUUUGAAAAAGAAGCGGUACACCUUAGAAAAGAAGCGGUACACCUUAGAAAAGAAGCGGUACACUUUGAAAAAGAAGCGGUACACCUUAGAAAAGAAGCGGUACACUUUAAAAAAGAAGCGGUACACCUUAGAAAAGAAGCAGUACACUUUAAAAAAGAAGCGGUACACUUUAAAAAAGAAGCGGUACACUUUAAAAAAGAAGCGGUACACUUUGAAAAAGAAGCGGUACACUUUGAAAAAGAAGCGGUACACCUUAGAAAAGAAGCGGUACACUUUAAAAAAGAAGCAGUACACUUUAAAAAAGAAGCGGUACACUUUAAAAAAGAAGCGGUACACUUUAAAAAAGAAGCGGUACACUUUGAAAAAGAAGCGGUACACCUUAGAAAAGAAGCGGUACACUUUGAAAAAGAAGCGGUACACUUUGAAAAAGAAGCGGUACACUUUAAAAAAGAAGCGGUACACUUUAAAAAAGAAGCGGUACACUUUGAAAAAGAAGCGGUACACUUUGAAAAAGAAGCGGUACACCUUAUAA